AUGUUGUCGAAACCAAGCGCACCAGCAACAAUUCUUCCUCACAGUCCUGGUUCGACUGGCUUGCCAACUGCACCGCUGGGGCCGUUGCCCUCGCGGACGAGAGGUGAGAGCGCGCUCCUUCGGUCAUGCUUUGGUGUGGUUUGCCCUUUGGGGAUUUGGCUGUCCACACGCUUCUCGCGUACCAGGAGCCCUCGCAGCCUGAGGAUGUGUUCCGUCUCUGGGGCAUCUGGAGGCGUUGAGAUUUGGAGGGCGUUGCCUGAGCAGAUACCUGCCAACUUCGAUGAGAUGAUGAGAAAUCGCUAUAACGACAUAGUCAGAGAAGAGCUCGAUGGGACCCCCUUUCGGACCCUGGCUGUCAUGCGGGUUCCCAUAGAUUCGGUUCCCGAUGUGGGUUUCAAGAGCGACUUCUCGUUUCAGCGUGGAUCCUUGCAGCAUUCGGCUGUCCUUCAUGCUGAGCGGGAGCAUGGCGGCUUUGUCGGAUGUGCUGUCAACAUACCAAAGGCCGACUAUUUGCCGAGAGGGUGCGUUGGAGCAGAACUGCUUUCGGUGACACAGCAGGAGAACAAUGUUGUCAAGGUAACACUUCGUGGUGUUGCGAUGUUGCGUAUCAUCGACCGGGUCUGUGGGCCUGACGAUAACGGUCGUGUUCUUCCCAUUGUACAGGAAGUUUUGGAAUGCGGUGACCUAGAGGAGACACAAGGAUCAGAAGCUUUAGCGCGGGAAAUCAAGCUCAUGGAAGAUCUGUUUGUCGCGUGCGGCGAACUCCAGAGAUCGACGGGCAUUUGGGCAGCGGGAGACCUUGCCUCAAGGACGGUCGCCGACAUGACAACUGUCUCAAUGCAGACAGUGGCCGAUGUGCAGCUGUCGGGUGUAAGCUCAGAAGAGCAGCGGUGGCCAGUGUUAGCGAGCCAUGCUGCUAUUUCGACCUUUUCUGCUGCGAAGAGGUCUGAAUUUUUGUGCGAUCCUAGCUCGACACUGCGGCGGAUUCGUUCACUAAGCAAGUUUUUGAAGUUAAUGCAGCGUGUCUUGACCCAGAAGCUGCUCGCAAAGAAGGCGUGA